GCAUUUUGCCAAUUAGCUCCCUUGUCGCUUGCCGAGUCGAGUGCAGACUGCCCAGUCCCCGCAACAGCAGAAAAAAAAAAAGCCAAUCUCUACCCUUCGCUUUCCAUUCCCUAAUCCUUCCUCCCCUCUGCUCCAUUCAAACUCCAUCAAUGGCGGACCAUGAUCUCUCCUCCCCGCUCCUGCCGCCUCAACCCUCAGAUUCCCCCCACCUAGUCCUCAUCGUCACUGAUAACGACUCCGGUCAGCGAUCCUCCUCAAUCCAAUCUCAUAAUCACCACCACCAAAACAACAGCGGCAGCUUUAACAACAAUCACAGUUCACAUCUAAAUCACAAUUCUCGUAACCCGUUCGAGUUUCUCGGAUCGGAUGGGUUGUCCGUGCCCGGAGUGUCCACAAUAGAUCCAUUCCUGAACAAUACGCCCGAUAUUGAAGGGGCUUAUGAGCUGUUGAAGAUAUUAGUUUGCUUGCCGAUUGCUGUGGCGCGAUUGGUGCUUUUUGGGGUUUGUUUGUUGUUAGGGUUUAUUGCUACCAAAUUGGCUCUCCUGGGAUGGAAGGAUAAACAUAAUCCUAUGCCCAGAUGGCGCUCUAGGUUAAUGUGGGUCACCAGGAUUUGUGCCCGCUGCAUUCUCUUCGCCUUCGGCUACCAGUGGAUAAAAAGAAAGGGAAAGCCAGCUCCUCGAGAAAUUGCUCCGAUUGUUGUAUCAAAUCAUGUAUCAUACAUCGACCCUAUCUUUUACUUUUAUGAAUUAUUUCCUACAAUUGUUGCAGCCGAGUCACAUGAUUCUACACCAUUUGUUGGAACUAUUAUCAGAGCAAUGCAGGUUAUAUAUGUCAAUAGGUUCUUACAGUCAUCAAGGAAACAAGCGGUUAAUGAAAUAAAGAGAAAGGCUUCAUGCAAUAGAUUUCCUCGAGUGUUAUUGUUUCCAGAGGGAACAACAACUAAUGGCAACGUCAUUAUUUCUUUCCAACUUGGUGCAUUCAUUCCUGGUUAUGCAAUUCAACCAGUGAUUGUCCGCUAUCCCCAUGUUCACUUUGACCAAUCAUGGGGGCAUAUUUCAUUGGCAAAGCUCAUGUUUAGGAUGUUCACACAGUUUCACAAUUUCAUGGAGGUAGAGUACCUACCUAUUGUUUCCCCUCUCGAUAAUUGGAAAGAAAAUCCUGCUCAUUUUGCUAAGAGGACUAGCUUUGCCAUUGCAACUGCUCUUAACGUUGUUCAAACAUUUCAUUCCUAUGGGGACUUGAUGCUUCUUAUGAAGGCAUCCCAGUCAAAGCAGGAGAAGCCGUCAAGUUACAUGGUUGAAAUGUCUAUGGUGGAAUCAUUAUUUCAUAUAAGCAGUUUGGAAGCUGUGGACUUUCUUGACAAGUUUCUCUCAAUGAAUCCAGACCCUAGUGGUCGUGUUAAAUUCCAUGACUUUUUGAGGGUAAUGAGACUAAGAACUUGUACUAUUUCAGAAGAGAUAUUUGGGUUCAUUGAUGUGGAAAAGAAUGGAUCAAUCACAUUCAAGCAGUUCUUAUAUGGAUCAGCUCAUGUCAUGAAGCAACCAUUAUUCAGACAAACCUGUGAACUAGCUUUUAGCAAUUGCAGCGAUGGAGGAGAUGGUCAAAUUUCAAAAGAACAAUUGGGAGAUAUCAUUAGACUUGCAAUCCCAGAUUUGGAUGAUGAUGAGAUCCACGAGCUCUUCAAAUUAUUUGGUCCUGAUGGUGAUGGGAGAGUGAGCAAAGAUAAUUUCAUGUCUUGCCUGAGAAAGAACCCUCUGUUGAUAGUGCUUUUUGCGCCUUGUUUGGUGCGGACUGGCUCAUCAGAAGCUGGUGAUAGGAUGUUGCAAGAAAUUGUGUGAUGUGUUUAUUUCUGUAUUUGGAUGUGGGGUUGGGUUUUGCGUGCAAUUCAUACCCCCCUGAUAUUUCGGUUUUAUUUCAAGAGAAAAGAGGGGUGGGCGAGGGUGUCAAAAGGGUUAUUUUCAAACCUUUGUCACUCUUUUUAACAUAUGGUCAAGACAUGGUUUUGUACUUUACUAAUUAAAGUGUUAAUUUUACAUGCACAAUCCUGAAAUGCAAUGCUGUUUUGUUUGUUAA